GGAAUUUCGGGUUUUUCCUCUUCUCCUUCGAUUUUUCGGCCAUAACUCCCUCUCCCGACCUCCAAAUCACAAACCGCGACCUCCCCCACGCUCCUGGCGUCGAGGAGCACAAUCCCCAAAGGUUUGGGCUUGUUUGGCCGAGGUUGGGUCUCCGGCGGCGAGUUCUCCGGCGAGUCUCCGGUGUUUUCCGGCGACUUGGGGUGUUUUCUUCCACUUUCUUCACCUCUCUUGCGGUAUCUACUUGCAUCUCCAGGUGUGUUUUCAUUGCCUUUUCUUUUAUUUUUGGAGAAUCGAUACCUAGAUUAAGGUGAAGAAUUUGUGAUUGUGGCAUGGAUUUGGGAAUGAUUUGGUAGGCCGAUGACGCUCUUUGCUUGUUAUAUUUUUGUCUCGGGAUUUCAGUUCUUCGGCCUACCAUUUGCAUGUUGGCAUUGUAUGCAUGCUUGUGUGGUUUUUGUGUGGUGGAUCGAUUGGUGAAUAUUUGGUAUGGAUUAGGUGUUUGUUCCACCGGGGGCCUAGUCCACUGUCCAAAUCGCUCGAUUUGAGGGUCCCCGGUGUGUUUGGUUGUGUGAUUCUCGUGUGAUUGGUAUGCUUGUUUCACCGGGAGCCUAGUCCACUGUUCAUAUCUUUUGAUAUGAGGGCUCCUAGUGUGGUUUUUGCCUAACAUUGACCCUGUUCGCUUGUGUGCCAUUUGUACAUCCUUGUGCUUUGCAGGAUCAUGGAAGACUACCUCGACCAGUUGAGCAUCACCCAACAUCAUCUGCUGCGGACCAUCCAUAACCGCACUAUCUCCGAGCACCUGCAUCUCAAUUUUGAGGUGUUCGAGGUGCUUCAUGCCAGGCCGCAAAUGGAGGCCGCUGUUCGCCCCUAUGGUUGGCGGCGCCUUCUCUGCCUCGCCGAGCCGACCUACCAGGAGCUCGUCUGGGAGUUCUACGCAUCCUUCCGUCACUCCCCGAAGGGGUCCGCCGACCAUUCUGAUGCGGUUCAUUUCACGCUCGGCGGGGUGGAGCACUCUGUCAGUUACUGGGAGUUGGCCUCUGCACUUCGGCUCAACUCGCACCCCAGCGACCGACCCCCGUACGUGGACAUCACUGAUCCCACCGACUUUGCUUCCCAGGCUUACUUCCAGCGAAUUUGCCUGCCGAACCAUGUGGAUGAGCAGUACAUUGCCAGCCAGACGCGGGCCACUCUCCUCCGUCCGGAGUGGCGCAUCCUCAACCAUUUGCUCACCCAGUCCUACACCCCCAGCCGAGGCUCGUCCAACCGGGUCACACUCCGGACACUGUUCUUCAUGCAUGCGAUGGGUCGCUCUGAGGACACCAUCAAGCUGGGCUCUAUGCUCACCUGGACGUUCGCCAAAGCAUCCGCCAACCAGGAUCUCAGCCUUGUCUGUGGCCCGGUGAUCACCGCCUUGGCCCGCUACUACAGGGUCGACAUCACUGGGAUGACCAUGGUCCGAGGACCGACCCCGUUCGGCGAGGUCGUCCUCCGCCACCAGCAUAUGGUUGAUUGCCAAGGGCGUGUGCACUGGAUUGUGAGCCUCCCUCGUCCACCUGAACCUGCAGAGGGUGACCAGCCAGAGUCGAGCGCAACUGGGGGACGCCGGGUUCCCUGCCGUGCUGUUCAUCGUGGCCAGACUCCUACGAGCCCCUCCGCUGCUCCCGGGUCUCCGGCUCCCGGGUCUCCUACUCCCGUGGUGCCCAUUUCUGACCAGUUGGCGGCCAUCGCUCAGUAGAACGAGCGCAUUCUGGCCGGCCAGGAGAGCAUUCACACCCGCUUGGAUCGUGAGCGGGACCGCGGGCGUCGUCUUAUGUCCGGCCAGCACUACAUCAUGUCAUACUUGGGCUUGGACCCGAACGCAGUCCACUACCCCUUCGUGCAGUCCCCGGUGUAUGAGGACGAGUACCCUCCACCCACCGGCGAUGGUGGUGAUGCAUUCUAGUGGCGAGUGGCUGGUUCUGCACCUCAUUUGUUUUCCAGACUGACACUCCAUGUUUUUGUUGUUUCGUUUUUUUUUAUUUUGGAUUGUAGACUUGGAACUCCGGUUCUUUCACCCAGUGUGUGUCUUUUGUUGACUUUAGCUCUGUGCCUUGGACUGGUACCCCUUCCAGUCCCCUGCUAUUGACUGGUCUGCCUCCCAGUCCCCGUUCCUGAUCUCAUUUCACGGUAACAACGUUCCCCUUCCCUCUGCUCGAUUGAGGACACUGUCUCGUUUACGUGUGGGGGUUCUUUAUAUUAAUUGGAACGUAUAUAUUUGUGCUUGGAGCCUAGUCCGCUGUCCAAAUCUCGAGAUUUGAGGCCUCCAAGCAUUGCUGUUUGCUUGAUGUUUGAUCUUAUUGGCAUUGUGGAUGUGAUUAGUGAAUUGAAUGGCUUUUGACUUAAUGCAUGACAACUUGAGUGUGACUAAGACAACUUAUUAUGAUGACUGAGAUGUGCAGUAGAACUGUGUAAGGGUUCAGUUUUUCAACUGUUUGCUUACCAACUGUGACUUGGAUUGAUCACUUGCUUUUGACAGUCAUUUAUGCAUCUAGUUCAAGGAAUCCGAAUGAGAGAUAGAGCAUAUAGGUAGCCAUGUGAGACUUGAGCUGCUCGUUUCUUUCUUGUGCGAUAGUUCCCUCUUCCAUGAUGUGCAGCAUUCACGUUGUCAUUAGCUAAGAUGAUGGAGGCGUAGGAUUAGCCCACGACCAAAUUGAAUAUCCUGAUGUGUCAUACCCCCUAGUCAGCCCUUUGAGCCGUGUGUUAUCCUUUCUUUCGGUCUAAAUGGAAAAUCACCCCUUUGCAUCUUUUAGAAGGUUCCACAGAGUGGUUUCUCCAUGUUUUCUGCUGUUUUUGCUAAAUGUAAUGUGAGAGUUGGAGGUAGUUCUUGAAAAUAAAAAGGGCAUAUGUUUGCAAAAAUGUGCAUAGGUGGUGGUUCUCUCAAGAAAUGAAGAAAAAAAAAAAAAGAAAAAAAAGUGAAUGAAAGCAAAAGAGAGCCACCACCACAAAAUCUGAAUAGCGCCCAUGGAGUAGUGUUUCUUAGCAGUGUGGCUUGGGAAUACUACGUUUUUUGUUACCUCCUUCGCUCUUGUGCUUUAAAGAAAGUAAGUAAUGCAGAAUGGCAGAAAGAAAGAGUGGUUUGAUUGACUGUGAGUGUGUUGGGUUUGGAAUUGUGGAACCUUGUGCUAUGAAUACUUCCACCACCUAAAAGGCCUUUUCCCCAUGUCCAAGACCCUAGCCAGUCAUCUGAACUUGUGUCUAAGACCUCCGGAUUAGUUAGUGGUGACACCUCAUAUGUGAACUAGCAUUUAGAGGCUGCCUUCAUGGUGAAGAGACGUUAGAGAUUGAGAGAAUAAGCAUGCGCAUUUUUC